CACCUUCCUUGGUUUCUUCCUUUCCCAUUCACACUUUCCACUCCACUCUUAUCACAUUCCCAGAUCCAAAAAACUUCCUUUUUUUUACAACCCUAAUCCUUUUUUUUCAGUUCUUGGACAAAUUUAGCACAUAAAAAUUCAAUCUUUAUAUCAAAAUGUGAAGUGGAUUGAGCUCAAUUUUGGUUUGAUGAAUUGGGGUUCUGAAAUGGGUCAAAGUUGGUUCGUACCAAUGGGUAAAAGGGUUCCGAAAAGGGUCUUGCUUGGGUGCCAAAUGUCUAUAGUAUUACUGGUGGGUGGAAAUCACACUUCCUCCAGGUUUUGUACUCGCUAAUCUGUUUGAUUUUCUUGUUUAUUUGGCUUAAAUCUUCUCUUUUUAAUCAAUCUGAUUGAAAAAAAAUUAGAGCUUUUUAGCUUCUGUGAAAAUUUCAGUUUCUGUUAUUGAUCUUGAAAACUUGGGAAGUCCUUAAAGGUUUUGAGCUUUAAAGUGAGAAUUUGAACAGAAAAAUGGAUAUGAACGUCUUGAAAUUGCAAAUUCUUCACGGGUCAUUAGUGAAACGCUUAAUUGUGAAAGGGUUCUUGUUUGUCACUGUUAUGAUCGUUGUCUCGUUCGUUCAAAUGGGGCAUUUGAUUCGGAACUCUGAGCCUAUGGUGUUGAAUUUUGGUGUAUGCCCCUUGAACUUUGGCUCCAACCCUAAUAUGAAUGUGACCGGGUUCUUUAAACCCGUUUCUGGAUUGGCCUUUCCGCUUUUUGGGGCGGCUUUGGUAAAAUGUGAAGAUGAAAAUUUGAGCAAGAAUGUGUUUAAGGAGCUAAUGGAAAAGAAUUUCUUGGAUUUGAAUGCCAAAGCAUUGUGUGUUGGGAAGAAAUCGUUGGCUGCAGCUUUGGCGCUGCGAGAGCUGGGAGUCUGGAAUGCUAUUGGUGUUGAUAGACACCCAUAUUUCUCUCUUUUGUGGAGAAGAUUUGUGUACGAGCUCGAUUAUGAGGAUAAUUCUUUCGACUUUGUAUUCUCAAGAGAUCUUGAUCGGGUCUCUGUUCCAGCUCUUUUGGUGCUUGAGAUUGAGCGUGUCUUACGUCCAGGGGGCACCGGUGCUAUGCUCGUGGGCUCUAGUAGUUUCUAUGCGGGCAACUUGAUAAAAGGCAACUUGAUUAGGUCUGCUACACCAGUUUCCUCAUUCUUGAAGAGUUCCGAUGUUGUGCACGUAUGUGGGGUUGGCUCCUUUACACUAGUGAUGUUCAAGAAAAGAUCUGAGAUUGUUGAAUCUCUCGAGCGUGCUGUACUGCCUGCUAAUUGUCCGUCCACCACGAACAACAAGCCGUUCUUGAAAUACCUUGAGCCACUCGUGGAGAAAAGGUCCGGACAGUUUGAGACAGAAAUUUCGUACUUGCCUAAGUUCAUGAAUAUCUCGUCAAGGAACAAACUGGUGUAUAUCAACAUUGGUGCUGGAGAAUUUGUAGAAUCAAGUAUUGCAAAAAUAUUCAAGCCUCAUUAUCCAAUCCCUCACCACUUUCUCAAUGUUUUCGUCAUUGAUCACAACACCUCUGCCCUCCCUUUGUAUGUAAAGAAUCCCGGUAUUAACUUUGUGUACCAUCCGGGACUUGGUGGAGAGGAUGCUUCCCCGUUUCUUGACUCCGAUGAAUAUUUAAGUGCACCGCUGGAUCAUGAAGGAUUUGACUUUAUUCCAUGGUUCAGUGAAACCGUUGAAGAAGGAGAUUACGUGGUCCUCAUGAUGAAUGCUAGAACAGCGGAGCUGAAUAUUCUAGCUGAACUAUUCAGAACUCGUUCAAUAUGCAAUGUCGAUGAACUAUUCCUUCGCUGCUCAGCUGCGGACUGCAAAAAUGCUCUUUGUGGAGACUGCAUUAGCCUUUUCAAAACUCUGAGGGGAAGUGGUGUUUUUGCUCAUCAGUGGUGGGGAGACUAGACUUUGUCAAGAGUCUGGUGCAUUAAUAUUAUUGUCUUUUCUUUCAACUUAUGCUUAAGUGUCUGUUGUGAAUAAAUUGAGGGGAGGUUGUAAGUUGAUACUAUAAUCUUCCUUUCUCCCCUUUGUAACUGCAUUUUAUGUCUUAUGUAUGUGACUGUGUGUCUGUGAGUUUCUGUUGUCUGUAAAAUCCUCUUUUAGCGUAUGGAGGAGACGUCUACUAUGUUUUAAAAGUUAUGCUUUAUCGUGAGUUCAUGUGGUUACUAUUUAUUCA